GCUCUGGGAAACCUGACCUUGGUGUUGGCCAUCAUUGUGUUUAUUUUUGCUGUGGUUGGCAUGCAGCUGUUUGGUAAAAGCUACAAGGAAUGCGUCUGUAAAAUCUCAGAAGACUGUGAGCUUCCACGCUGGCACAUGAAUGACUUCUUCCAUUCCUUCUUGAUUGUGUUCCGAGUACUAUGCGGAGAGUGGAUCGAGACUAUGUGGGACUGUAUGGAGGUGGCCGGACAAUCUAUGUGCCUUUUGGUCUUCAUGUUAGUGAUGGUCAUUGGCAAUCUUGUGGUUUUGAAUUUGUUCCUGGCCUUGUUGCUGAGUUCAUUUAGUUCCGACAACCUCACAGCAACAGAUGAUGACAAUGAGAUGAACAACCUUCAGAUUGCUGUGGGAAGAAUACAGAGGGGAAUAGAUUUUGUAAAGAAAACGGUGCGAGAAUGCAUCCAGAAAGCCUUUGUGAAGAAACAGAAAGCUCUCGAUGAAAUCAAACCACUCGAGGAGCUUCACAAUCGGAAAGAGAGCUGUCUUUAUAACCAUAAUGCGGUUGAUAUUAAUAAAGACCUAGAUUAUCACAAAGGUGGCAAUGGAACUACAAGCGGAGUAGGCAGCAGUGUGGAAAAGUAUAUUAUUGAUGAGAGCGAUUACAUGUCCUUUAUACAUAACCCAAGCCUCACCGUGACUGUUCCCAUCGCUGUUGGAGAAUCUGAUUUUGAAAAUCUCAAUACAGAAGAUUUCAGCAGUGAAUCUGACCUGGAGGAAAGUAAAGAGAAGCUAAACAUGACCAGCUCAUCUGAAGGCAGCACAGUGGAUAUUAGGCCCCCUGGGGCAGUUGUGGAAGGAGAAGGGGAGCUGGUGGAUAUUGAACCGGAGGAAGCUUUGGAGCCAGAUGCCUGCUUCACAGAAGGAUGUGUAAAAAGGUUCCCAAUUUUGCAGUGUGAACAUUGAAGAAAAUAAUGGCAAGAUAUGGUGGACAUUCAGGAAAACCUGUUACACAAUUGUUGAACACAACUGGUUUGAAACCUUCAUUAUCUUCAUGAUUCUUCUUAGUAGUGGAGCACUGGCUUUUGAAGAUAUCUACAUAGAACAAAGGAAAACAAUUAAAACCAUGCUGGAAUAUGCUGAUAAAGUCUUCACAUACAUCUUUAUCCUUGAAAUGCUUCUAAAAUGGGUGGCCUAUGGAUUUGUAAAAUAUUUCACCAAUGCUUGGUGCUGGCUGGACUUCUUGAUUGUUGAUGUGUCUCUCGUUAGCCUAGUAGCUAAUGCUUUGGGAUACUCAGAACUAGGGGCUAUUAAGUCCCUAAGGACAUUAAGGGCCUUGAGACCACUAAGAGCCCUUUCACGGUUUGAAGGGAUGAGGGUGGUUGUAAAUGCACUGAUCGGAGCCAUUCCCUCCAUUAUGAACGUGCUUCUGGUUUGUCUGAUAUUCUGGUUGAUUUUCAGUAUAAUGGGUGUCAAUUUGUUUGCGGGAAAGUAUUAUCAUUGCGUUAAUACUACCACUGGUGAAAUGUUUCCAAUUACUGAAGUUGAAAACCAGUCGGACUGUAUGCUAUUAAUAAAGGCCAAUGAAAGUGCGCGGUGGGAAGAACGUUAAAGUCAAUUUUGAUAAUGUAGGAGCUGGUUAUCUUGCUUUACUCCAAGUGGCAACAUUUAAAGGCUGGAUGGAUAUUAUGUACGCAGCAGUUGACUCGCGAAAGCUGCAACAGCAACCUAAAUAUGAAGACAACUUAUAUAUGUAUUUAUACUUUGUCAUUUUCAUCAUAUUUGGCUCCUUUUUCACUCUGAACCUCUUCAUUGGUGUUAUUAUUGACAAUUUCAACCAACAAAAAAAAGAAGUUUGGAGGUCAAGACAUCUUCAUGACAGAGGAGCAAAAGAAAUAUUAUAAUGCCAUGAAAAAAACUGGGUUCUAAGAAGCCUCAAAAGCCCAUUCCAAGACCACCGAACAAAUACCAAGGUUUUGUGUUCGAUAUUGUAACAAGGCAAGCCUUUGACAUCACGAUCAUGAUACUUAUUUGCCUUAACAUGGUAACAAUGAUGAUUGAAACAGAUGAACAAAGCCAAGAUAUGGAAAACAACUUGUACUGGAUCAACUUGGUCUUCAUUGUCCUGUUCACUGGUGAAUUUGUGAUGAAGCUGAUCUCACUGCGGCAUUAUUACUUCACAAUUGGCUGGAACAUAUUUGAUUUUGUUGUUGUCAUUCUCUCCAUUGUUGGCAUGUUUCUGGCAGACAUGAUAGAAAACUAUUUUGUUUCUCCAACAUUAUUCAGAGUUAUAAGACUUGCCAGGAUUGGGAGAAUCUUGCGUCUCAUUAAAGGAGCCAAGGGAAUUCGUACUCUGCUUUUUGCUUUGAUGAUGUCACUUCCUGCACUGUUCAAUAUUGGUCUUCUGCUGUUUUUAGUGAUGUUCAUUUACGCCAUCUUUGGAAUGUCCAAUUUUGCUUACGUCAAGAAAGAAGCUGGAAUUGAUGACAUGUUUAAUUUUGAAACAUUUGGCAACAGUAUGAUUUGCUUGUUCCAAAUCACUACAUCAGCUGGGUGGGAUGGCUUAUUAGCACCAAUUCUGAAUAGUGGUGCACCAGACUGCAACCCAUAUGCAGAACACCCUGGGAGUUCUGUAAAAGGGGAUUGUGGUAACCCCUCUGUUGGGAUUUUCUUCUUUGUUAGUUAUAUCAUCAUAUCCUUUUUAGUGGUGGUAAACAUGUAUAUUGCUGUAAUUUUGGAGAACUUUAGUGUUGCUACAGAGGAAAGUGCAGAACCCCUUGGAGAGGAUGACUUUGAAAUGUUUUAUGAAGUUUGGGAAAAGUUUGAUCCAGAUGCAACACAAUUUAUUCAGUACAGUAAAUUGCCUGAUUUUGCUGAUGCUCUGGAUCCACCUCUUCGCAUACCAAAACCAAACAAAGUUCAGCUUAUUGCAAUGGAUCUUCCCAUGGUAAGCGGUGACAGAAUUCACUGCCUUGACAUCUUGUUUGCCUUUACAAAGCGAGUGUUGGGUGAAGGAGAUGAAAUGGAUAAUCUUCGCCAACCAAUGGAAGAGCGUUUCAUGGCAUCCAACCCUUCAAAGGUCUCCUAUGAACCAAUUACAUCUACCUUAAGGAGAAAACAAGAGGAAUUGUCAGCGAUCAUCAUUCAGCGAUGUUUCCGACACUAUCUUUUACGGAAAACUAUUAAACAAGCUUCAUAUAUGUAUAGAAAAGAAAAAAUGAAAGAAGUAAAUAGCUUGCCCAUUAAAGAAGACAUGGUUAUUGAUAAGCUUAAUGGGAACUCAACUACAGAGAAGACUGAUAUGACACCUUCUACAACAUCACCUCCAUCAUAUGAUAGCGUAACAAAACCAGAAAAGGAAAAACAUGAAAAAGACAAAGCAGAAAAAGAGGACAAAAGCAAAGAUGCCAGGGAGAAUAAAAAAUAA